UAUCACUCUUUUUCUUCUAUUUCUCACAACCCACCACCAUUUUUCUUUUCUCUCAUUCUCUCUCCAUUAUGACUCAAUACUUCUUCUUUGUCUCCGCUUCAUUGUGAUAUAAAAAGAUACAGAAGAUUUUUUAUCAUCUCCCUGUUCUUACCUUAACGGGGUAAAGGAGAGAGAAUAGAGAAAACAAAAAUGGCUGAAAUUUCACCGAAAUUUUUUAUACCGGAGGCACUUCAGGUAUCAAGAGAAGAUAUUGCAGGCCAAAUUGGGUUGAUAUGGGAACUAAUCAAAUCGCCAUUGAUUGUACCCUUGUUGCAACUUGCUGUUUACAUAUGUUUAGUCAUGUCACUCAUGCUUUUCAUGGAAAGACUUUACAUGGGUAUUGUUAUAAUUCUCGUUAAGCUUUUCUGGAAAAAACCAGAAAAGCGUUACAAUUGGGAAGCCAUUCAAGAUGAUGAAGAGUUGGGUAGCACAAAUUUCCCUGUUGUUCUUGUUCAAAUCCCAAUGUUCAACGAAAGGGAGGUUUACAAAGUGUCCAUUGGAGCCGCCUGUGGACUUUCUUGGCCGUCCGAUCGUCUCGUGAUCCAAGUCCUUGAUGAUUCAACUGACGCUACCAUUAAGGAAAUGGUGGAGCAAGAAUGUAUACGAUGGGCAAAUAAAGGCAUAAACAUUAGGUACCAAAUUCGGGAAACUCGUGGAGGAUACAAAGCCGGUGCUCUUAAAGAAGGUCUCAAACGAAGCUACGUUAAACACUGUGAAUUCGUAGUCAUUUUCGACGCCGAUUUUCGGCCGGAGCCGGACUUUCUCCGACGGGCCAUUCCGUUUCUAGUCCAUAAUCCCGACAUUGCUCUUGUUCAAGCUCGUUGGAGAUUUGUAAAUGCUGAUGAAUGCUUGUUGACAAGAAUGCAAGAGAUGUCAUUGGAUUACCAUUUUACAGUGGAGCAAGAAGUGGGUUCUGCAACUCACGCUUUCUUCGGUUUCAAUGGAACGGCUGGUGUAUGGAGAAUUGCUGCAAUUAACGAGGCAGGUGGAUGGAAGGACAGAACGACUGUGGAGGAUAUGGACCUUGCAGUUCGAUCUAGUCUUAAGGGUUGGAAAUUUGUUUACCUUGGUGAUUUACAGGUGAAAAGUGAACUUCCUAGUACAUUUAAAGCCUUCCGAUUCCAGCAGCACCGUUGGUCUUGUGGUCCUGCUAAUUUGUUCAGGAAAAUGGUGAUGGAGAUUGUUAGAAACAAGAAAGUUAGAUUCUGGAAGAAAGUAUAUGUUAUCUACAGUUUCUUCUUCGUCCGAAAGAUUAUUGCUCAUAUGGUCACUUUUUUUUUUUACUGUGUGGUGCUUCCUCUUACCAUUUUGGUUCCUGAAGUUGAAGUUCCAAUUUGGGGUGCUGUUUACAUUCCUUCCAUUAUCACAAUUCUAAAUUCAGUUGGAACUCCAAGAUCAAUUCACCUGUUGUUUUACUGGAUUCUUUUCGAGAAUGUGAUGUCUUUGCAUCGAACUAAGGCCACAUUAAUUGGUCUACUUGAAGCUGGAAGGGCUAAUGAAUGGGUUGUCACAGAAAAACUGGGAGAUACCCUCAAGAAUAAGGCAGCUGAAGCCAAGAACAAAACAAACACCAAAAUCUUCAAAAGACCUCGAUUCAAAAUUGCAGAUAGAUUAAACACUCUGGAGCUUGGAUUCGCAUCUUUCCUCUUCUUCUGUGGAUGCUAUGAUUAUGUCCAUGGGAAGAACCGUUACUAUAUAUACCUUUUCCUCCAAACCAUUACCUUCCUCAUCACAGGAUUAGGCUAUGUUGGCACAAUCGUCUAGCAGCCGUAUUUCCCAAUAAGUUUCAUAUCUAUACUGGCACAAGCCUCUUCAUGUUUUUCAUGCCAUAUCCGUGUGUUUGUUUUUUUUUACUCUCUACAACCAAAUAUCUAUAUAAGUGUCGUUCUGUGAACAACAUUGAUUACAAGUAUUACAUUCAAGUUCAUUCAAACCAAAAGAAAAGGUCAUUCAAUAUGCAAUGGCACACAAAGAUCAUUGCCAUGCCUUCCUCAAAAAAGAAAAAAAC